ACGACAACCAAAGACCAGACAAUUCCAUCAUCCUCGUUUCUCCCAAACUCCUCAAACAUGUGGGCCUUAUCCUGCGCAAUCCCUGCUUAUCCUGCGCCCACUCUUAAAGCUUCACCACCACCCUCAUUCACUGUCCGUUCAAGCUCUCAACUUUCAGUCUCCAUCAGUCACAAAACGGACACUCCUUUUGUCCCAGAGGUUGUGGAAGCGGUGGAGUCGUUAUAUUCAGAAUUCAGAGCAGUGGAUAAUUUGGUUGCACGCAAUACAACCCGUGUUCUAAAAGCUUUCCAAAGAGCAAGAGUUGGGUCUCAUCACUUUGCCGGAUGCACUGGCUAUGGUCAUGAUGAAGCUGGGGGACGCGAGGCACUUGACCAAGCAUUUGCAGAAAUUGUUGGUGCUGAAUCUGCAAUAGUCCGCUCACAGUUUUUCUCAGGAACUCAUGCCAUAACUUGUGCUCUGUUUGCCUUUUUAAGACCUGGCGAUGAGCUUUUGGCAGUUGCUGGUGCUCCUUAUGACACCUUAGAGGAAGUUAUUGGAAAAAGGGAUUCUCAUGGAAUAGGAUCCCUGAAAGAUUUUGGAGUAAAAUACCGAGAAGUUCCACUUGCUGAGGAUGGUGGACUUGACUGGGAUAAACUUUCGAGGGCUUUAAAACCCGACACAAAAUGUGCGCUUAUACAGAGAUCGCGCGGUUAUUCUUGGCGUCGGAGCUUAAGUGUACAUGAGAUAGGACGUGCGAUACAGAUUAUAAAAGUGCAGAAUCCUAACUGUUUGGUAAUGGUGGAUAAUUGUUAUGGUGAAUUUGUUGAAAGCAUUGAGCCUCCAUUCAUGGGUGCAGAUUUAAUCGCUGGAAGUCUUAUAAAAAAUCCAGGCGGAACCAUAGCACCAUGCGGCGGAUACGUUGCGGGGAGGGAGAUGUGGGUUAAAGCAGCAGCUGCUCGGUUGUCUGCACCGGGGCUUGGAGUAGAUUGUGGCUCGACUCCUGGUGAUAUCAUGCGGUCCUUUUUCCAGGGGUUGUUUCUUUCACCUCAAAUGGUUGGAGAGGCGAUCAAGGGAACCUUUCUGAUAGCUGAAGUAAUGGCAUCUAAAGGGUUUAAAGUGGAGCCGCUUCCUCGUGUUCCUCGCCAUGAUACUGUACAGGCCGUGGAGCUUAAAAGCCGCGAGCGUCUCCUUGCUUUUUGUGAGGCUGUACAAAGGAGCUCCCCAGUAGGUUCAUUCACUAAACCAGUGGCUGGUACAACUCCUGGAUAUGCCUCUGAGGUGAUUUUCGCUGAUGGGACUUUCAUCGAUGGGAGUACAAGCGAGCUCUCCUGCGACGGACCAUUGAGAGAACCAUAUGCCGUAUAUUGCCAGGGCGGCACCCAUUGGACUCAGUGGGGACUAGUUCUUGGAGAGGUCUUGAAAUCCAUAUGAUAUGAAGCUAAUUUUCCGCAACAACGAUGGAAGUGCAGUGAUAUUCAUUGAGAGACAUUGUUAAGAUUUUACCAAUCAAUCAUUGAUGAGAAGAACUAUACCCUUGACAUAACUGAUUAAAACAAAUAACUGCCACCAAUCUCUGCUCAAGACUCAAUGUAAGUGGGCUUUAGCUGAUUGAUAACAAAAAGAAGUUCAAGCUUUACAAAAUCUCAAAUUGAAGCCCAGCUGAUAAGCC